CCGGCGUCCUCGUUGUGGCAGUGAUUUUUUCGCGCCCGUUGGGUCCUUUCCGGCUGCAGACCGUUGUGUCGGGAUCUAGGUGGCCGCACCAAGAGGGUCCGAGAGGAGAGCCUGUACCCGCUGCACAGAGGCAGAUCUGAGACUCGGCGACGCCGCCCGGGGUGACCCGCGCUAGGCCCAGUAGAGGCCCUGCAGUGCCCGAGUUCUCAGGCCGCUUCCGGACCCGCUCCGGCCACAGUCAGAUGGCGGCGGCGGCGGUGGCGGCGGCGCUGAGGGACCCGCCUCAGGGUGGUGUGACCUUUGAGGAUGUUGCCCUGUCCUUUAGUUGGAAGGAAUGGAAGCUCCUUGAUGCGGCUCAGAGACGCCUAUACCAUGAUGUGAUGCUGGAGAACUAUGCACUUAUAUCCUCAUUGGAUAGAGGCAAGGCAUACCUCACAGACAUUGCAGGUUUGGUUCCAGACCACCACAAUAAAAAGUGCCGCGCCGAGACCCUCUGCACCCGUGCGAACAUGGCGCUGCAAGCGGUGCGGAGCGUGUGGGCCGCGGUCGGCAGCCUGCGCGCCAUCUCGGCACCCAGCGCGCCCUGCUCGCCGCGGCCAUGGGGACUGCGGGCGGGUGCAGUCCGGGCACUGCGCACCGGCCCUGCUCUGCUGUCGGUGCGGAAAUUCACAGAAAAACACGAAUGGGUAACAACAGAAAACGGUGUUGGAACAGUGGGAAUCAGCAAUUUUGCACAGGAAGCUUUGGGAGAUGUUGUUUACUGUAGUCUGCCUGAAGUUGGGACAAAGUUGAACAAACAAGAGGAGUUUGGUGCUUUGGAAAGUGUGAAAGCUGCUAGUGAACUCUAUUCCCUUCUAUCAGGAGAAGUAACUGAAAUUAAUACAGCUCUAGCAGAAAAUCCAGGACUUGUCAACAAGUCUUGUCAUGAAGAUGGUUGGCUGAUCAAGAUGACAUUCAGUAACCCUUCAGAACUAGAUGAACUAAUGAGUGAAGAAGCAUAUGAAAAAUACAUAAAAUCUAUUGAGGAAUGAAAAUGGAACCCCUAAAUAAACUACUUUGAAACAACUUAAUCUAGCAUAGUUGUCUUAAAUUAGUGGUGGAUAGAUAUUUAAAAAGCAACUUUUAGCAAAAGAAACUACUUGUAACAAUGUUUCCUGAAGAAAAUACCCCUUAACUUUCUAAUGCCUUCAGAUAAAUACUGUGUAUCUUUUCCACAGCAUCCUGUGAUUUUUAGGCUAGGCUCCAGUUAUAAUAUUCAGAAUUCCUGAAAUUAUCUCUGAUAAAACUAAUUAUAAAAAUUAUGUAAUUCAAGGAUAACAUGGUUAUCUUAUACCUUAUAUGACAUUGUAACUUGCUUACAGCUAUCCUUGGAUUUGGGUCAAAAUGAUCUUCCCACUAGAAAUAACUGCCAGUGGAGAAAAGUUUGUUAGUUGUAUAGUGUCCAGUGAAGAAUAUUACUGUCUUAAUUUUGCAGUAUACUGUGUUUGCUGGUGCUAUUUUUAUACAGUGAAGCAACAGCCUUGCAGGAGAAUAAACAAUUUAAUAAUAAAAAAAAAAUUUCUCAACUCCUAGGUUAAAUUUAUUCCUAUUUUGUUUUUUAUUCUAUUUAAAAUAAGGUUAUUUUGUUUUUUAUUCUAUUUAAAAUAAGGUUAUUUUCUUAAUUUUCUUUUCAGACAGUUUUUACUAGUGUAUAUAAAAUCAACUGAAACAAAUUUGUAUAUUGGGGUUUUUUUGUCCUGCAACUUUACUGAAUUCAUUUAGUAGGGUAGAAUUUUGGGGUUUCUACAUAUAAGACUGUGCUACCUACAAACAGUUUUGCUUCUUCUAUUCUUGCUGUUAAAGUGCUGGACUUAAUAUGCCAGCAAAUCUGGAAAGCUCAGCAAUGGCCCCAGGACUGGCAAUGGUCAGUUUUCAUUUCUAUCCUAAAGAAGGACAAUGCUAGAGAAUGUUCAAACUAUUGUACAACUGUGCUUAUUUCACACGCUAACAAGGUAAUGGUCAAAAUCCUUCAAGCUAGUCUUCAACAGUAUGUGAACUGAGAACUUAUAGAUGUACAAGUUGGAUUUACAAAAGGCAGAGGAACCAGAGGUCAGCUUGCCAACAUUCAUUGGAUCAUAGAGAAAGCAAGGGAAUUCCAGAAAAACAUCUACUUCUGAUUCAUUGACUAUGCCAAAGCCUUUGACUAUAUGAAUCACAACAAAGUCUGGAAAAUUCUUAAAGAGAUGGCAGUACCAGACCACCUUACCUGUCUCCUGAGAAACUUGUAUGCAGGUCAAAAAGCAACAGUUAGAGCCAGACAUGCAACAAUAGACUGGUUCAAAAUUGGGAAAGGAGUAUGACGAGGCUGUAUACUGUCACUCUAUUUAUUUAACAUACAUGCAGAGUACCUAAUGCAAAAUUCCAGGCUGGAUGAAUCACUAACUGGACUCAGGAUUACCAGCAGAAAUAUCAGCAACAUCAGAUAUGCAGAUAAUACCACCCUAAGGGCAGAAAGUGAAGAGGAACCUCUUGAUGAAGGUGAAAGAGGACAAUGAAAAAGCUGGCUUAAAACUGAACAAUCAGAAAACUAAGAUCAUGGCAUCUGGUCCCAUCACUUCAUGGCAAAUAGACAGGAAAACAAUGAAAACAGUGACAGACUUUAUUUUCUUGGGCUCCAAAAUCACUGCAAAUGGUGACUGCAGCCAUGAAAUUAAAAGACACUUGCUUCUUGGAAGAAGAGCUUUAUGACAAAGCUAGACAGCAUUUUAAAAAGUAGAGACAUCACUUUGCUGACAAAGGUCCAUAUAGUCUAAGCUAUGGUUUUUCCAGUAGUCAUGUAUAGAUGUAAGAGUUGGACCAUAAAGAAGGCUGAGCACUGAAGAAUUGAUGCUUGCAAAUUGUGGUGCUGGAGAAGACUCUUGAGAGUCAGUUGGACUGAAGGGAAAUCAAACUAGUCAGUCCUAAAGGAAAUCAACCCUGAAUGUUCAGUGGAAGACUGAUGCUGAAGCUGAAGCUCUGGUACUUAGGCUACCUGGUGCAAAGAACCAACUCAUUGGAAAAGACCCCGCUGCUGGGGAAGACUGAGGGCAAGAGGAGAACAGGGCAACAGAGGAUGAGCUGGUUGGAUGUCAUCACCAACUUUUUGAACAUGAUUGAGCAAAUUUGGGGAGAUAGUGAAGGAUGGUGAAGCCUGGUGUGUUGAAGUCCCAGGGGUGGCACAGAGUCGGACGUGACUUAGCAACUGAAUAAUGACAGCAAUUCUGGUUUGAAUGCCUUUUCUUUCUUUUUCUUCCCUACUUACUCUGGCUAGGGCUUCCUGUACUGUGUUGAAUAAAAGCAGAAGUGAUGGGCAUCCUCGUCUUGUUCCUGAUGUUAGAGGAAAACCUUUUUAGCUUUUGAAUGUUGAAUAUAAUGUUGUUGUUGUUGUUUAGUCAUUGAUUUGUGUCCGACUCUUUUGUGACCCCAUGGACUGUAGCCCGCCAGGCUCCUCUGUCCAUGAGAUUUCCCAGGCAAGAAUACUGGAGUUGGUUGCCAUUUCCUUCUCCAGGGGAUCUUCCUGACUUAGGGAUCAAAACUGUCUCCUGCUUGGCAGGUAGAUUCUUUACCACUGGGCCACCUGGGAAGCCCAGAAUGUGAUGUUAGCUGUAGCCAUAUCAGAUGUGUUGAGGUGCAUUCCUUCUAUGUCUAACUUAUUGAGAGUUUUUAACCUUGAAAAGAUAUUGAAUUUUAUCAAAUGCUUUUUCAGCAUUUAUAGAUAUGAUUAUGGGUUUUAUCUUCCAUUGUGAUAAUGUGUUUGUCACAUUUUUUGAUGUUGCACAUGAUGUUUAACCUUGUUAGCAUCCCCGGGAUAAAUCCUCCUUGAUUGUGAUGUAUGAUUCUUUUAAUGUGCUGUUAGAUUUGAUUUGUAAGUGUUUUGUUGAAGAGUUUUGUAUCUAUGUUUAUCAGGGGUAUUGUCCUAUAAUUUUCUUCUCUUGUGUUAUGCUUAAAUAGCUUUGAUAUCAGAGUAAUGCUGUUCUCAUAAAAUGAACUUGGAAGUGUUCCUGCUUCAAGUUCUUGGAAGACUUUGAGAAGGAUUAAUGUUAAGUCUAUAAAUAUUAAGUUCAUUUCCCAGUGAUUCUGUCUAGUCCUGGGCUUUUCUUUGUUGGGGAUUUUUUUAUUAGUGAUUAUGUCUCCUUACCAUCUCCUUACCUCCUUAUAGAUCUGUUCAGAUUUUCUAAUUCUUCAUGAUUUAGUUUUGGUUGGUUUUAUGUUUAUAGGUAUGUCAUUCAUUUCUUGAAGUUAUCUAAUUUGUUCAAAGUUGGAACAAAUUGUUCAUUGUAAUUUCUUCUGAUAGAUUGUAUUCCUGCAGUAUCAGUUGUGAUGUCUCUUCUUUUAUUUCUGAGUUUGUUUCGUCACUCUUCUUUUCAUCAUCUAACUAAAGGCCUGUCAAUCUAACCAAAGACCUCGUAUCUUCUAAGAAACUGACUCUUGGGAAUUCCCUGGUAGUCCAGUGGUUAGGACUCCAUACUUUCACUCCAGGAGGCCCAGGUUUGAUCCUUGGUCAGGGAACUAAGAUUCUUUAAGCCACAUGCUGUGGCCAAAAAAAGGCCCUCUUAGUUUCAUUGAUGUUUUCUAUCAUUUUCCUAGUCUCUGUUUCACUUUUCGGCUCUGAUCUUUAUUAUUUGCUUAUUUCUGAUAAUUUUAAUCUUAGUUCUUUUUUUCAUGUCUUGAGGUAUAAGCAUACACUGUUUAUUUGAGAUCGUUCUUUUAUUCUUAAUGUAGGCAUGUAUUGCUCUAAACUAUCCUCUUACAGUUGCUUUUGCUGCAUCCUACAAAUUUUGGUGUGUUGUUUUCAUUUUCAUUUGUCUAAAUAUUUUUUUUUAAACUUCUUAUUUAACCUGUAGGUCAUUCAGGAGUGUGUCAUUUAAAUUCCAAUAUUUGUGAAUUUUCCAGGUUUCUUCCUGUUAAUGAUUUCCAGUUUCAUACCAUUGUAGUUUGAAAAGAUACUUGAUACUAUUUUCAUCUUUGUAAAUUUUUUAGUAUUUGUUUUGUGACCCAACAUGUAACGUCUCCUAGAGAAUGAUACAUGCACUUGGGAAGAAUGUGUAUUCUGCUAUAAUUGGAUAGCAUCUUUUGUACAUGUCUAUUAGGUCCAUUUGGUCUUAGGUGCAGUUCAAGUCCAGCAGCUUUCUUAUCCAGAGUGGGAUAUUGAACCCUUAAUAUUAUUGCAGCUAUCUAUUUCUACCUUCAGAUUUGUUAAAAUUUGCUUUAUAUAUUUAGGUGCUCCAAUAUUGGGUACAUAUGUAUUUGUAAUUUUUAUCCUCUUGAUGAAUUGAUUGCUUUAUCAUUAUGUAAUGACCUCCUUUGUCUCUUGUGACAAUUAUUUACUUAAAGAGUAUCUCAUCUGACAUAGUAUAAUUACCCUACUUGUGUUUUUUAACCACUGCUUUUGAAAAAAUUUGUUUUUCUGUUAAUUUUUGGUGUGGUGGAUCUUUGUUGCUGUGUGGGCUUUUUCUGUAGUUCUGGUGAGUGGGGGCUGCUCUCAUUGCAGUGCAAAGGCUUCUCAUUGUAGAGUAUGAGUUCUAGGUGCAUGGGCUUCAGUGGUUGUGGCACAUGGGUUCACCAGUUGCAGCUCCUGGACUCUAGACCACAGGCUUAGUAGCUGUGGCACAUAUGGGCUUAGUUCCUCUACAGCAUGUGGGAUCUUCCCAGACCAGGGAUCAAACUUGUGUCUCCUGUAUUGGCAGGUGGAUUCUUUACCAGUGAGCCACAAUGGAAGCCCCAUACGCUGGGUCUUAAUUGUGGCUCAUGGGAUCUUCAUUGCCACAUGCAAGAUCUUUUUUUGUUUCAUUUGCAUGUUUGUGCAGAGAGUUGCCCCUUCCAAUAAAGUGAAUGUGUACCUCAUCAGCAUUUCUUU